AUGGCCGCAAAGCACAAUGGGCUGGCCAAUGGCUCGCAGACGCCACUGAAAGCAUCCAUCUUCCAGUCCAGGACGAAUCGUGCAGCUGCUCCUGCCAACGAUGCCCUUCGUUUAAAGAUCAUAGUCGUUGGCGCGGGGCUGGGAGGGUUGGCGACAGCCAUUGCCCUCGCACAGCAUGGUCACAGUGUGACUGUAUACGAGCAGACGCCGCAGUUGGGCGAGGUCGGCGCAGGCAUCCAGAUCCCGUCCAACUCGACACGCCUGCUCGUCGACCUCGGCCUGGAGCCCUACCUCCAGGACUACGUGACUGAGCCUCGAGGAAUCUUCUUCCGCCGCUGGGAGAACGGCCAGGUCAUCGGGCAUACCAGGCUGAUUCCGGACUUUCGUCAGACAUACCACGCGGCCUACUAUGUGAUCCACCGCGCCGACUUCCACACGGCGCUGUAUCGUAGGGCGAUUGACCUGGGAGUGACGGUGCGGUUGGAUUCUAGGGUCGUCGACUAUGACGCAAAUCGUCCCAGUGUCACGUUUCAGGAUGGGACAUCUGUUUCGGCGGACCUGAUCGUGGCAGCAGAUGGCGUCAAGUCGAUAGCCCGACGAAUCGUCCUCGAGGGCAACGAUCAGCCGCCGAGGAGAACCGGGUUCGCAGCCUAUCGAUCGACGGUAGAAGUGGACCGGUUGAAGCGUGAUCCCGAGAUACGCAGUUUGCUCCAAGAGCCAGCCCUAAACAUCUGGAUCGGUGACCAGCGACAUGUCAUGACGUACACGAUUGGAGCAGGGAAGACCUUCAACCUGGUGCUCUCUCACCCGGAUGACACCGAUCCAUCCGGUUGGGAUCAAAGCAGAGCUCUGGAAGACAUGAAGGCUGAAUUCCGUGGCUGGGAUCCAACACUGACGAAGAUCAUUGCAAUGGUCGACAAGACCCUAAAAUGGCCUCUUCUCAGCGGGACACCACUGGACCGGUGGGUGUCAGGAAAGCUGGUCAUCCUGGGCGAUGCAGCUCACGCAAUGGUUCCAUACAUGUCUCAAGGCGCCGCCAUGGCCGUCGAAGAUGGCGUAGCCCUCGCCCAUUCACUAUCCAAGGUCCGCGUCCGCGAACACAUUCCCACCGCGCUAUCCAUCUUCGAAAGAGUACGACAGAAGCGAACGACGCAGAUGCAGGAGGCCAGCCUGCUCAAUGGCCAGCUGUGGCACUUUGCGGAUGGCCCGCUGCAGCAGGUGCGGGAUCGGGCCAUGAUGCCGGAGGUCGAGGGGCGUUUGUUCUCGCACAGUCCGAAUCAGUGGAGUGAUCCGACGACGCAGGUGUGGUGCUACGGUUAUGAUGCGAGGGGGGAAUUUGAUCGUGCGUGGAUGGGGCAGAAAAGGAAAAGCAGUUUGUAA